AGCAGGAAGCACAUUUUUGUACCGGCUAAACUGAGUGGAGGAGGAAAAAGUAAACAUGCAACAUAGACCAGCUGUGAAGCAAAUGAUCAGUCGUUACUGUAUUUAAUCAAGAGAUGAUCUCGGAUGUCUUUUUACGCACAACUGCAAGGCGAGUAGUUUAACUUUCUCCUCGUGUCAGAUAGUUUUACAGGAGCAUGUUUCACCCAAACUACCAGUGUAAAGCAUUUGUCAGCAAAUUGAUUCGUCUCCACGUCCAGUUUAAUAAACGACUUGUAACAAUGUCGAUACCGAAGCUCUCAGAAGAAAGCUGGAAGAGAGGCAGGAGCGGCUCACAGAUCAAUGCAGACAGCAGAGCAGCAGACCUCAGUGAGGUGGUGACAGGCAGCAUGGGGGGUGUAAACGACCACACUGGAGGAAAGUUCACAGAGGAGGAGAUGGUCAUCCACAGAGCCCAUACAGAGGCAUGUGCGGCAAAGAAGCAGAUGUACGUCGACCCUUCCAGUGGGUACAAGGUGUUCACAGAGUAUGCCCACCUUCAGAGAGGGAAAUGCUGUGGCAGCGCAUGCAGACAUUGUCCGUACGGCCAAGUCAACGUGAAGGACCCUGCGAUGAAGAAACAAUUUAAUUCUCUAUUUUACGUAUAGGCCCAACAUGACGGAGGUAAAACGCCUGCUCAGGAUGGAACCCAGAGCACGUUGCUUGUCUUCUGCCUGUCGUUAUUUGGACUACUUGAGAGUCAUUUUUAGCAGUGUACCAAGUGAUGAAAUAUGGGUAGUGUCUGUGCAAUAUCUACCUCCUGUGAAUCACAACUAUUCUCAGGAUUAUUUUUAUUCUCACAGGACAGGGGAGGAGGAGAAAGGAUUUGUUCACUAGAACCUCAUGUAAAGUAGUCUUUUAUCACAUUUUUUGUUUUGCUAUAUUUUUUAGAUAUUUUUCUCGAAUGUCCAAUGAAAUGCCUUGAGCAUCAUUUUUUCGUUUCUCUUUAAGAGUAUUUAAUAUUUUGUGGUGUUGGGCUCCUCUGAUACAUUUACAAGGGUUGUGGGAGUAUGGAGAUGAAAACCGAAAGAGCAUUUUAGAUCUUCGCCCUCAAGAUAAAGGGCAUAUAAGCGAAUGGAACUGAAGCUAGUCAGAUGGAGUCUUGUGCUCUUUCGCUUUGCAUCUCUUGUUAUUUUUCCUCCCAAAUGUACGACUGCAUGAAUAUUAGCAUCAUUUACACUCCACAAGUGCUCGACUGAACUGUCUACCUUUGACUGAAACGCUGUGUUGUUAAAAAUAGGCAGGGGCCAGGGGUCAGCCCUCACACUUGGCUGCGCUGCUUUUACACCACUUGAUGGAAUCAGGCUGUUAACAAACAUGCCAUGGACAUCAACAGCAGCCCUCCCCACCGGACUCGCAGCUCAGCCUCCUGGCAACACUUGGCUACAGCACAGCUCCCUGCGGCUGCUCUCCUGAGCUGCAGCCUAAUGAACUCCUGGGCCCUCUUAUCCCAGCACUGCAAUAGAUCAGCUCAUGUUCACGAGCAUGCUUAGACGCACACAUGCAUAGGCAGGCUUACUCCAUCAGAACACCCUGUGGCUCCUAAUAGGCCAAUAUAGAAUAAAGGUUGCACUAAACACCGCACUCUGUAGCCCACAGUAAUAGUACAAGGUGAGGUCAAGCGCUCAUGCAGCACUACCUGUGCGUGCAAGAGAUGCUGAGGAAAGAUGUGCCACUUGAUUUGUGAGUGCAUGUGGGUAGGCAGCGCGAUGCCUCCGGGCGCUGGCUCUGAACCUGCCACACACACUCGCCUGUCUCCGCCUGAUUGGGCAAACAGCGUCGGGAUGAGAGGAUGUGUCUGCCGCGGAAAUUCUGUCGCAGCCGCCUACUGGCGCGGCCACAAUUUCCCCUCGGCAGGUGGGUCCCAAAGGCAAGUGCUUAGUGAUCGGAGGCAAAGCCCUGUGAGCGGCUACAAGGAGAUUCAUGAUCCCAACAGUGCUGGGGAGGACAGGUUCUCGGGGACGCGUCGUCAGGCGGGAUGAGAGGCGAAUUUAUUUGGUGUUAUUCUAAACCGAGGCAGCGGAGCGUGCGGCAGCAACAUUUCUACAGCGGGACGGUGAAGGUGUCACACUCAUCAAGUACCUGGGCCCGCUUGCCUGCCGCGGCUCUGCGGGUUUUGCCUGGGGGACUCGUCUGUCACAUUAAAGUAGAUGCAUUGCCAUUCAGGGCCUCGGCGGUCCCGCAGCCUGACCAUGAAAUAGGCCAACUUUCAUGUCUGCCUCAUCCCUCCACGUCUUCCCAAUCCAGUGAUGGCACAGUUUGAAAUGUUUUCCUUUUUUUAUAUAUAUAUAUAUAUAUAUAUAUAUAUCAUGUUCUAGCCUAGCAGUUGGUGACUGAGACACAAACAGCACAGCAAUGCCUUCAACAGAUUUAUGGAGAAAUUUACUUGAAAAUCAAAUCUGCCUUCUCCCACCAUGGUCACUCAUCAUUAAAGUAUGUUUAGCAACAGUAAGCCUUGUCUUAGGUUUCUGUGAGUUGUGCCAUUUUAAAUGCAUGAUUGAAUGUGUGUGUGUACUUGCACAGUCAGAGAGCAUUUAGGAGUCUGAUCAUCAGUUGUAAAAUUGUUUAAAAUACCUUGUUUUUAAUUAAUGUAGCUCACUUUAGUUGACAACUUCAUAACAUUAAUGCCAUUAUUCACUGUCUUAUUAGCUGACCUUAUUUAUUAGUUAGUUAAUUUUGUUUAUUUUUGAUCAAUAAGGCCAGUAUGAUAAAAACUGAAGAUAUAUUAAGUUUUAUUUCUUAGUACGAGCUGAUAUACUCACACACACACACACACACACAGUGGUAUUCCCUCUGUGCAGAUGUGUUCCAAAGUUACAACAGCCGACCUGACAUGUGAGGUGUUUAUUUCAGGCAUUUUGGACUGAACAUCUCUGACCUUCAGCCGGAGCAUAUGCUGUGUUGGAGCAGAGUGGCAGCUAUAUACCGUGUGCCUUUCUACAGGACGAUGACACUAGCCGCAGAGAAAAAGAGAGCUGUCCAGUUUGGAACUGUGACCAGACAGGCUCUAGUCACAACCAGUUGACAGGCCAAGCAGCCCCCCUCUCCCCUUCCUCCUUUCUCCACCCCCCCCCUCUCUCCAUCUCAAACAGGCACAG